AUGGGCAAACCGGACUUCGUGGAGAAGCCGACGUUCUCUCUGCUUCCGACCAAGCGCGGGUUUGAGGCCAGCUACUGCAAGGUUGACUCGACUGGGCUGAAGUCGCUGCUCAAGCGCAGCCCGAAGUUAGCCGUGGUCUCUGGGUUGUUCAUGACGGACAGAUGUGGGCAUUGGAAGACAGCUUAA